CACCCCAAGCAGUCAGGCCUGGAACCCUGGCCCCACCCAACGCAGCCCACCGCAGCCUCCACUUGGUGAGGGGGAGGGCCCGCCUGGAGCUGCCUGGCCAGAUCCCAUUCAGCAGGCGUCCUGGGGUCCCAUCCCUCCCAACACAGGGAGCCUGAUGCCCCACUACACCCGCCCCCUCGGAUCUGGAGUAUCUCCGGUAGCCACAUUUGCAGCCUCGUCUGUCUGUCCAGAACCUGCUCCCAGGCUGACAGUGAGCUGCAAGAUGGGCUCUGAGCUGGAGACGGCAAUGGAGACUCUCAUCAAUGUGUUCCACGCCCACUCGGGCAAGGAGGGGGACAAGUACAAGCUGAGCAAGAAGGAGCUGAAAGAGCUGCUGCAGACGGAGCUCUCCGGCUUCCUGGAUGCCCAGAAGGAUGCGGAUGCUGUGGACAAGGUGAUGAAGGAGUUAGAUGAGAAUGGAGAUGGAGAGGUGGACUUCCAGGAGUAUGUGGUGCUGGUAGCUGCCCUCACAGUGGCCUGUAACAACUUCUUCUGGGAGAACAGUUGAGCAGACGGCCCCAGUGGGCAGCGCCCUUCACCUCCACCCUGCCAUACCUGCUCCUUCACCCUGCUUCCCCCUCACCCCACUUUUCCCUCCCCACUAACAAGGGCGCAAGAGUAGUGGGCCAGGCCUGCAAUUCAUCUUUCAUUAAAGGCUCCUCUCUCAUCA